UUCAUUUCAGUUCACUAAAGGGAAGCAGUUUGACUUUGGAUUGAAAAAUAUCAAAACUGUCAAAAAUGGGAUCAGAAGUGGACUGCUCUGGUGUAUCAAGAGCAGUUUGGCUUGUGAAGGUUCCUAAAUAUUUGUCCAAUAUUUGGAUGGAAAAUACUGAUGCUUCUGGUAUUGUUGGGUCCCUUCAAAUAACCAACAAUCCUCAAAGAAAUGAGGUUGCAUUUAAACUGUCAGAUGCUUUAGCCAACAAAGAAGAUGAAAAUAUCAACAAAAAAGAAGAAAAAGAUAACAACAAAAAAGAGGACAGAGAUACCAUCACCAAUGAUGUUAAAGAUAAAGUCAAGGUUCCAAGGGAAUACAAGAUGGUUUUGUCAAAAGUUGAGCAGUCCAUGGGCAUGUUUUCAGAAAGAACGGCAGCCUCUGUAGAAGAUGACACUGAAGAAAAGGCUUCAAAACCUCAGGUGACUAUUGAAGGGGUUGUAGUUCAGAGGGCAGACUGUCGGCCUGUACAACCCAGUGCUGACUAUUUGAAAUUGAAAAAGCGGAUAAUUGUCAACAGCAGCAAAGCAGGUCGACAAUCCAUACAGGUUGAUCGGGUGAUUAAAUACCGACCAGUGAGUGACCACAAAAUGAAUAUUGAGCAUGAGAGGAAAAAGAAAGAAGAAGGCAAGAGGGCUCGGGAAGAUGAGGAUGUUGUAAAAGCAUUGCUCUUCAGUGCAUUUGAAAGACAUCAGUAUUACAACCUGAAGGACCUCAUUACUAUUACAAAACAACCAGUGGCAUAUCUGAAGAGUAUAUUGAAAGAAAUCGGUCAUUAUAACACAAAAAACCCUCACAAGAACAUGUGGGAAUUAAAACCAGAAUAUAGGCAUUACAGCAGCAAGAAUAGUGCUGAGGAAGGAAAUGAAGGAACAAGCUCGUGAAAUCAUGUUUGCAAGGCGAAGGAGUCUGGAACUUCAGAAGCAUUAUAUUACAAUGGAAACAACAAAUGGACAUUUGCAGUGGAUUGUUAGCCUUGGAAGUUUAAUUUUAACAUGAUCAACACCCAACAAUAAAUGACAAUGCAGUUACCUUCUAUCUUUAUAUUAAUUAAGGCAAUUUUGAAGAACAAGCAGACACUGACAAAAAAAUAAUAAUCUACAGAAUUGCUUGUCUUCCAAAAUGGCUCAAGCUCACUUAAGUGAGGUUGACAAAUUAACAGUAAGUUAAUAAAACUAUCUUAAGAAAUAGAA